UCCUCGUCUUCUGUCCCGUUCUCCUCCAUCUUCUCGCAGCUCUUCAUGACAGUGGUUGUCCCUCUCAUAGUCGGACAGUAUUUUCCAUUCAGUUGAGCUUCAUGGCCCUGAUAUUUUUCUUGUCUACGAGGAAAUCCUCUGGUUUCACUGCGGCUGAUUCGGUUGCCAUCAUGUUUUGUGCGACUCAUAAAUCCCUAACUUUAGGUAUUCCCAUGCUGAAGAUCGUGUUUGAGGGCUAUGAGCAUCUAUCUCUGAUAUCAGUGCCUCUGUUGAUCUAUCAUCCCGCUCAGAUCCUGCUGGGAAGCGUCUUACUGCCCUCCAUUAAAACAUGGAUGAGCGGCAGACAGAAGACUCUGACACCUAUAUGAAGUACAGGUACACUGUCGAUUGGAAACACUGGCUGAGCCAAACCAGACCAGAAUCAACGAGACCAAACCAGACGAGACGGGAUGUGAUCAGGUGCAUGUAUACGUGCCUUAAUGUGACCUGCGUGACCUCAGACGGUCAGCCGCCUCAGAACAGGGACGACAGACGAUUCAUGAGCUUUUUUAAACAGAUACAUGAAUGUAUAUUUUUAUAUGAAGUGUAAAAUCUUUUCUUACUUCAACUGCACUCUGAUUUAUGUUUUUUUAGACAUCCAGAAAGAGCUCUGAAGACUUUUGUGUGUUCAUUUUACAGCUGUAAAGACUAAAGUGAAGUUGCAGUGCUAAUAUCCUUCACGUUUACCUAAAGAUGAGAGUGUUACUGACUCAUUGUUCAUUUAUGUUGAUGAAUUAAAGGUCAGCUGUAGUCACCAUCUGACAUGUUACUGAAGACAAUAAAGAUUGUCAUUAAUAAUAUCCGUCUAAAUGAGGGUUUGUUUGCAAAAAAUGACAACAAAAAAAUUGUGACUUCAUAAAUCUUUUUUUAUUACAUUUAUUUGUAAUCAUUAUUUUCAUUUUUCAGAUCAGACACAGAUUGGGUAUUAGUUAAACCGUGAUUUACCUUCAGUGGAUGUUAUUGAUUGUAUCUAUUCUAUCUCAUUAGUGGUUUAAACACAGCGUUUAUACUAGGAUUCAGACUGAAGGACAGCUCUCGUAGUUCUUCAACAAGGCAAAAGCACUUUCUGCUUCUCUGUCUUAACUCUGUUCGGCUGUUCUGGCUGGUAUCUAAGGUAAAGUCAUGGGUGGGUUGCUAAGGUGAUGCUUCACAGUUGCCAGGGUGUUCUGGGUGGUUGCUAAGGUAAAGUUAUGGGUUGGUUGCUAAGGUGAUUCUUCAUAGUUGCCAGGGUGUUCUGGCUGGUAUCUAAGGUAAAGUCAUGGGUUGGUUGCUAAGGUGAUGCUUCACAUUUGCCAGGGUGUUCUGGGUGGUUGCUAAGGUAAAGUUAUGGGUUGGUUACUAAGGUGAUGCUUCACAGUUGCCAGGGUGUUCUAGGUGGUUGCUAAGGUAAAGUUCUGAGUGGUUACUAAGGUGAUGCUUCAUAGUUGCCAGGGUGUUCUGGGUGGUUGCUAAGGUAAAGUUAUGGGUUGGUUGCUAAGGUGAUGCUUCACAGUUGCCAGGGUGUUCUGGGUGGUUGCUAAGGUAAAGUUCUGGGUGAUUACUAAGGUAAUGCUAAACAGUUGCCAGGGUGUUCUGGUUGGUUACUAGGGUAAUGCUAAACAGUUGCCAGGGUGUUCUGGUUGGUUACUAGGGUAAUGCUAAACAGUUGCCAGGGUGUUCUGGUUGGUUACUAGGGUAAUGCUAAACAGUUGCCAGGGUGUU